AUGUCUUCACAACCACCAACAACUUCAAGUUCAAUUCCAGAUGAUCCACUUUCAUCCGAAUCUCAAUUUAUACACUCGCAGGCCUCUGCUGACAUUAGGACAGCUUCAGUUGACCCCAACAGAGCUACAGCUAGCGCUCCCCAUGCUAUCCAACAAAGUUCAGCAGGUAUCACUGUCUCUUCAGCGCCUGGAGCUACCCAAUACCUUUCCGGGACUGACCACUCUCAUUACCCUCCUUCUCAAAGUUCUGCUAGGCAAGAUCCCAACAGUGCAAUGGUGAUCAGACAGAUUCCAAACAUUGCAAUAGGAGGCCAGACAGAAACAUCUCACAUCCCUCAGUGCUGGAGUGAUGCUGAUCCGGCAAACCGGCAAGCUUCUGUAGUCGGCGCCAUAACCCUCCUAGUUAUCUUUGCGCUCUCACUUUACGCAGUGGGUUCCCCCAAUGAGUCUAUCGUCCCUGAAACACCAGGUGAUGGUGAUGGUGAUGGUAAUGGUUAUGUGUCAAAUGUUGCUAGUUCAUUUGGUAGGAAUUAG